GGGGCUGUCGGGAAUAGGUUCUGGACAUCACCAACCACGUCUCUUAGGCAACAGGCAACCACAGCGUCGGAAGGAAAGUGCAGGAGACCCGGAGCCGGACUAGCAGCCUGGCAGCAACCUCCCCAGCAUAUGCUUGCAGAUUCUGAACCAGCCAAUCCUACCCUAAGAAGAGCUCAUCUUUCCAAUGUGGAAAAGGCCACGAGAUGACAAUGAGGAAGACAAUCACCAUGCUCCUCAUUCGAAGAGGAAUAAGAAGGACCAGGCCUUCCAGGACUCUCAUGCUAUAGAGUCGUCAAGCAGUGGUAAUGCAAGGAGCCACAUCAGCAUCAAUAACAUCAGUCGAGAAAAUAUGCCAGAGAACAGCUUAAACCAGAACAUGGCUGAACUUAACUCCAAUAUCCCCGAGUUCUCCCAGGAGGACUAUGCAGUGUGCCAAGAUCAAGGUCCUUACUCCCAUAUUAACCAGAUAUUGAAGGAGGCCCAUUUCUACAGCCUACAGCAGAGAGGACAAUCUCCGAUAUGAUGGCCUAGGCGCUCCUCAUCCCUUGUCUAUAAAAAGUAAUGGCAUUCACACAAAGCAGUCUUGGCUUUUGUCUGUAUUUUCAGUAAGAGGUCAAUGGGCAUUUGUACUCUUUCGCUGUUUUGCUCCACCACUUUGAAUUCCAAGGGUCUUUCAUGAUGCUUUGAUAUGUUUUCUGUCAAGUCUGGUGUCCAAUUCAUGUUAAGUAGCAACAGGAGGACUUCUCCUGAUUCUGAAUGGCUUAUUUGUCCAAUUCUGCUUGGGUUCUAAGUCCCUCUUUCAGGGUCUCCAUGAUAAAUGUGGUUUUAAAAUGUGACUCUUCUUAAAGGCUAAGUGGCCUGGGAAAGCUUGUGGUUUUCAUUAAAAUAUGAAAGAACAAACAAUAUGAAUAAACAAACCAACACCAAGUUGGUAAUGAACAUGGGGGUAGAGGAGAAUGUGACUUGUUGUCAUUGUGAAGUGAACGGCAUGGCUGCUCCUCACAAGGGAGAUGCUGCACAGAUACCGCUCUCUACCUAUGCUGGGGACAAUGUCUGCCUGUGUAGUUGUUAAAGUGAAGCCUGUAUGUAGUAACUGCACUCUUUGCAUUCCAAGGUGGAAGUCUUCUUCCUUUAAUGUCCUAAUGUCCCCAUGUGUGCCCUUCAGUCCUGUGGAAUGCACUGGUAAUUCUGUCCGUGAAGUGCAUAGCAAUGCUGUGGCUUAAGUGUAAAGUCUAGAUAUGAACAGCUUAUGUGUUAUUCCUUACAGUUCCAUUUGUUAUGCCUAAUGUUGAUAAAGCCUAAGCUACUAGACACCAUAUCUCACUUGUGAGGUGUUGUAAAGCUGCGUGGGAGGACUAUUCAUUGUAUAAGAAACCUUUCAUGGGGAAGAGGGCAUCUCACAGCAUCAAAACAAUACAGUUGUUUGGGGCAGGGUGGGCCAGUGAAACAGAGCCUGCCUAGCAUGUGGAAUACCCCAGUAAUGGUAAAACUAUCAGCAUAAUUAAUGCAGCUUGUGAUGAGUGAAGUGAGGCCCCAUUAGAUGUAACAGGCAAUGCCAUUUAUUCAUGGCUAGUUUCUGUUGUUAGUCAUAUGGAGCAGCCAACCCAACCUCACGUCAUUAAUGCCUGUACCUUCUCAGUGAUCAGAGUGGUGACCAAGGAACCAGAAGUCACUAUACCAUCUUCCCUGGAGCUGUUAGGGCUACAACUUGUUUUAACCUUCAACAGGAAGAGCCUUGACAUGUUUGCUAGCAAGCUGUCUCUGUAAAGGGAAUAUGUGCCAUGCAAAGUACAUUUUGUAAUGCCUACUGUUCCCAAAGUUGGAGAAGCAGGUCUUUAGGAGAAGAUGUUAUUCUUCUUGGCAGUUGACAAUGAACAGAUACUUGGUUAACAUUUUCUCUGGAAGUGUAAAGCAAAGAAUCAUAUAAUAAAGAGGAGAAGGUA